ACUCUUUGGCUGACAGAGAGGCAUGGCUUUGAGGGAUGGCACCAACUUGGGGGCUGGUCAUCCCAUUGCCAUCACAUGUCAGCCUUCUACUACUAUGUGGUUUCCUUGUUUCGGGGUUUUGGGUGUUGUUUUCUAGAAAACGGGGCUGGAAACAAGUGGCAGCCAAGAGAGACUCAGAGGCUUCGAAGCAGCAUAAAUCGAAAAAGAUCCAGAAGUACACAGCUCCACAGUGGGAAGACAACCUCAGGAUGGGUUGCAUUGGUGUUUCAGGACUCCCCGUGGGCUGGAGCCAGGAGUAUAUACUCUGGUCAAUGGACAGGAGUCUUCAACAGAUCUUCCGACACCUGGAAAGUGCAAGAUCAAGUCUUCUGGCAAUGGGUUUGCCUGAAUCACAGGAUAUAAUUUCUUCCUCCACCUCCUCUGUUCUUGUGGCUCAGAAGGCUAUUCUACCCCGUUGUGACUGUAAGAAGGAAAAACAUUCUAUUGACCACAGCAGCUCCUCUGGACCAUCAUGUAUUAAUUCCAGGCUGUCUCACCUUCCUGUCUUUUCUGAAGGAACAACCUGGCAAUUCCGGAGCCAUAGUUUACCUGUUUCCCCUAAAAAACAACCAUUUGUGUUCAGGAACCAAGGCACCUCCCUGCCUCCUUUUCAGUUGUCAGAGCCUGAAAAAUCAAAACUUUUUCAGAAUUUGAUAGAUCAUUCACCCUUACAACCUCAAAGCCCUUUUAGCAAUUCUAUUUUUGGACACCUAAAUAUCUACAAACAAGAGAAAACAAAAGGUGAGAGAAGGAGCAAGAGGCAUUUGACAUCAGAUCAUGGGCCAAAUUCUGUUUCCAAGGAAAGACCACGACCCCCAAGGUCGGCUUCAAUCCAGCUCUCUCCUCUGGCUAGGGGGGAGCUAGAAGGACAUAUGUCUUGGAAGGUUUGUACUUUGCGGAAACAAAAGGUGCCUCUGCCUGUAAGGGAAUCAUGGGCAAUGCUGAAUUAUUUAAUGGAAGUGCAAGGAGGAUUCCCUGAACCAGAGAAACCCCAAAGCCAGUUAUCUAUGCCCAUUUAUCAAAGCACUGGACAAAAUAUCAACAAUAAAUCCCCAGACCUUCCAUCAUUUCAGCUCCAUGUGAAAAUUGGAGUGGAAUCUGGAUUAAAUAGGACAGAAACAGAAUUUUCACGGUCAGUUACCUCAGAUAAGCAGUUACAACCUGUGGAUGGCCCCCAAAUCCUUGGAUCCAAGCCUUUAGUUACAUCAAUGGACACUCCAACUCCCAGAAGUUUAGGAGUUAACAUAAUUCAAGAGGAAACCACUUUACUGAAGAAAGACCCCAAACAUAUGCUAGAGCUUGGUAUAGAGCCGAGGGUCAUAGGUCUUCCAGAAAAAAGGAUACAUCAGCAUAAGACACAAACAACUAAUGUGGAGUUGACCCCAGUGCAACCUUAUCAAGUCACAGAUAAUAUAAAGGUAACUCCAUUGGCAUUACUUCAGGUCAUGGAUUCAAUGGGGAUGAUCCCAGAUUCACAUUCAGAAGUGAUAGAAUCUGUGGGUUUGUUCCCACAGCCACCAAAUCAAGUUGUGCAACCAGUGGAUGCCACAGAAACAGUGAGGGUAAUGCCAAUAUCACCAAAUCAAGUCACUGAAUCAGUGGAGGUCACCCCAAGGCUUCAGCACCAAGGUUUGGAACCAAAGAGGAUACCCUCAGGACUACUGAAUCAAGUCACAGAUAAUGUGAAGGUAACUCCUGUAGCACUGCUUCAAGUCAUAGAUUCUAUGGGAAUGAAUAACAAAUCACAUCCACAUAUAGAAUCAAUGAGAAUGACCCCAACACCACAAUAUCAAGUCAUGGAGUCAGUGAAGAUUAACACAUUGUUGGACCAUGAAGCCAUAAGACCAGAAAAGAUGAGUCUAAGGCCACAACAUGCAGUCAUGGAAACUGUGGAAACUACCCCAGGACUGCAGCAUAAAGUCAUAGAACAGGUGAAGAUUACUCCAGGGCCAAAACAUCAAAACAAAAAAUCACUGGAAAUGAUUUCAACACCAUUGCAUCAAGUUAUGGAUAUCAUAAAAAUAACUCCAGUGGCACUAUUACAAGCCAUGGAUUUCAUGGGGAUAAUUCCACCAGCACAGCCACAUGUUAUAGAACAUGGGGGUUUAACCCCAGGUUCACAGUUGCAAGAUUUAAACACCAUGGAUUUGACCUCAAGAGCACUAAUGGAAGAUAAAAUGCCUAUGGAUUUGGCCCCAAAGCCAUGGUUACAAGAUAUCAGAUCUAAGAAGAUAGCCCCAGUACUAUUGGUUGAAGAUGUAAAAACUCCUCAAAUGGUAGCAUGUAGGAGAUUAAUUCCUGAGACACAGGUGCAAAGUAUGAAAUAUGGAGAGUUGAUCAAACAGACACAACUUCAAGUAAUAAAUUCUGCAGAGCUGAGCCAGAAACCAAAUUAUCAAGCCACAGAGACUGAAGGAUUGACCCCAUGGCAUCAAUCCUCAAAAUCUUUAGGGAUGAUCUCGGGGCCAGGAUAUCAAGGAACAGAAGCAAAGUUGAUAUCUGACACUUGUCACCAAGUGGAAGAAUCUAUGGCGUUGAAACAAUCAUCUUUAGGGAUUAUUCCAGGGCCAUUGAGCCAAACUUCAGAAUCUAUGGAGAUGAGCUCAAUGUCUUUCCAAGGCACUCCUGAGACAAUGCACCAUCUUGUAAAAGCAAUGGGAGAAACUCCAGUGUCACAACACGUAAUAAAAGAAUCUCUGGAUUUUAAACAAGGAUCAGAGAUACAAAGUGUGAAAUCAGAGAUGUUGACAGUGCCACUAUCAUAUUCAGAAACAGGAUCUUUGGAGUUGACUCUAGGACCAGAGAUACAACAUGAGAAAUCAGAGCCACUACUGCAACAUUUGAAAUCUACGCAGUUAACCGGUGUGGCAUCCCCAUUAGUGGUAGGAUCUGAAAAGUUAAUUACAGGACCAAAACCAUGUAUUAUGGACUUGACCCCAGGGCCACAGUUGCAAAGUGUCAGAUUUUCAAAAUUAUCUCUAGGGCCACUUCUUCAAGGAGAAAAACCUGUAGAUUUAAUCUCAGGACCUUCACAUUAUGGUGUGAAAUCUGAUGAAUUAACCUCAGAUUCCCCAACACAGGAAAUCAAAUUGUCAUAUUUUACUCCAGGGUCAAAGCAUCAAAAUGUCAAAUCUGUACAGUCGACUCCAGAACCACAAACUCAAAGUGUGAAACUUGUGGAACUAAACCCAAGACCGUGCUUGCAAGAUGUCAAAUUUUCUGAUUUGAUCCCAGAGCCAAAUCUUCAAGAUCUCAAACAUGUGGAGUUGAUUCCAGGAGUUCAGCUUGAAGAUAUAAAUUCUCUAGAGUUUGUACCAGAGUCAUCUUUGCAGUUAAGUCAAGGGCCAUGUGUAGAAGUUUUGAAAUCUGUUCUAUCCAUUGAAGAAUCACAGUUUCACAGCAAGAAGUCUGUGAAUUUGACCUCAGAACUACAAUUUCAAGACAUGAAAUCUGAGGAAGUAAACCUAGGGCUAUGGCAGCAAGAUGGCAACUUUUCUGAAUUGACUUCAAGGCCAAAGCUUCGAGGUGUCAAAUUUGGGGAAUCAACCCCUGGAUCAAUGUUUCAUGGUGUGAAUUCUGUGGAGUUGGCUCCAGAGUUAGGCCUGCAAGAUUCCAAAUUAGCAAAUAUAUUUCCAGAGCUUCAAGGUAUGAAUCAGGUAGGGCUUAACCUACAGCCAUGGCUACAAGAUGUCAAAAUUAUUGAUUUAACACCAGGAACUCAACCUCAAGGUAUGAAAUCUUCAGAGUUAAAUUCAGGGCCUCAGCUACAAUGCGUAAAAUUUUCUGAGUUGAUCCCAGGGCCAAAGACACAAGGGGUAACAUCUAUGGAGAUGGCCCCAGAGCCAGAGGGGAAAGGGGUUAAGCCUGAGUUAUUAGUACCAGAGCCUCUGUUUCAAGGUGUAAAGUAUGUAGCAGGGAACCAAGGGCCAAUGUUAGAAGUUGAAAUUUCUUGUAAAUUAGUCUCAGAGCCACAGAUACCAGAUGCAGAAUCUAUGGAGUUGACGCCUGGGCCACAGUUGCCAGGUGUAAACCAUUCUGAGUUGACCAGAAAACCACAGUUGCAAAGUGUGAAAUCUUCUGAGUUGAUCCAAGGGUCACAGUUGCAAGAUGUAAAUCUGGUGAAGUGGACCCCCUUCAAUCUUCAAGGUUUAAAAUCUGAGAUGCUGAUCCCAGAGCCACAGCUAGAAGAUAUGAAGGCUUUGGAGUUAACUCAAGGGUCACAUUUGGGAGGUAUGAAGUCUAUGCAAUUAAAACCAAAGCCAGAAUUGGGAGAUGUCAAAUCUAUGGGAUUAAUCCCAGAGCCACAGGCACAAGGUGUGAAAUCUGGGGAGCUAACAGCAGGCUCAAAGCUUCAAGGUUUAAAAUCUGAAUUGCUGACCUCAGGAUCAGAGUUGGAAGAUAUGAAAUCUGUGGAUUUAACUCUAGGACCAUGCCUGAAGAGUAUGAAAUAUGUGGAGAUAACCCCAAGUCCACAGCUGGAAAGUGGGAAAUCUGUGGAGAAAACCUUGGGUUCACAGAUAGAAGAUGUUAAAUCUGUGAAAAUUACCCCUGAUUCCAAGCUUAAAAGUGCAAAAUCUAUGGAGUUGACUCCAGGUUUAAGCAUUCAAGAUUUAAAAACUGGGCAAUUCAUACCAGGUACACAGCUGCACGAUUUGAAAGCUGUGGAAUUAAAAUUUGGGCUAAAGAUGGAAGGUGAGAAGUCUAUCGCUUUUGCACCAGGUCCAUUGUUUCAACAUGUUAAAUCUAUGGAAGUGCUUCAAGGACCUCAUCUACAAGAUGUGAAACCCGAGGAAAUAACUUCAGAGCCACAAAUGCAAGAUAUGAAAUUUGUGGAGAUUAUCCCAUGUUUAAAGCUUCAAAGUUUAAAAUCUGUAGAGGAGACUCCAGAUUCACAGCUGCAAUGUGUAAAAUCUGUGAAGAUGAUCCCAGGGCUAAAGAGGCCAGUAGUAAAAUCUGUGAAUGUACCCAGAAGACAAGAGUUUGAAGGUGUAAAAUCUGUGGAUUUAGCUCCAAAGCAACAGUUUCAAGGGAUGACACCUGUGGAUUUAUCUCCUGGGCCUGAAGAGGAAGGUCAGAUAUCUAUAAACACACCAGAGCAGCAAUGUGUGAAUUUAUGGCAAUUGAAGAGAGGGUCUGAGCCAGAAGAUGUAAUGUCUUUGGAAUUAAUUCCAGAGUCAAAAUCUGAAGAUGUAAAAUCUAUAGACCUCAAUUCUGACCUACAGUUGAAAGGUAUGAAAUCAUUUGAAUUGACUCCAGAACCAAAUAUGCAAGAUGUAAAAGCUAAAGUGUUUGAAUAUAAGCCACAGUUGCAAAGUAUGGAAUCUCCUAAAUUGACCCCAGGACCACAGCUGCACCAAGUGAAAUACCUGGGAUCAGCCUCAAAGCCAGAGCUUCAAAGUAUGAAAACUGUGGAGUUAAACAAAGAGCCAGAGCUUGGCAGAAUGAAAUCUCUUCAGUGGAUACCAGGUCCUGAGUUCCAAGGUGUGAAAUCUCUAGGGUUAAAUCUUGGAUCACAGUCUCGAGGCUUCAAACCUGCAGAAUUGAAACCUUCAAUGCAGUUUGGAGGUGUGAAGUCAUUUGAAUUCACUCUAGGGCCAAAACUUCAAGGUGCAAAAUCCAUGGAGUUUAACCUUGGGCCACAGUCGCAGUGUGUGAAAACAUCUGAGUUGUCCCCAGGAGCACAGCUGCAAAGAGGGAAAAUUCUGGUGUCAACCUUAGAGCCACAGCUUCAAGGUGUGAAAACUAUGGAGUUAAACCAAGAGCCACAGCUUGGAAGUACAAAAUCUGUGCAGUGGAUACCAAGGUCUGAAUUCCAAGGUGUGAAAUCUACAAGGUUAAAUCUUGGGUCACAGUCUGGAGGUUUUAAACCUGUACAAUUGAAAACUUCAACGCAGCUUGGAGGUGUGAAAUCAUUUGAAUUGACUCUAGGGCCAAAACUUCAAGGUGUAAAAUCUAUGGAGUUUAACCUUGGGCCACAGUUGCAGUGUGUGAAAAUGCCUGAAUUGUCCCCAGAACCACAGUUGCAAAGAGGGAAAAUUCUGGUGUCAACCUCAGAGCCACAGCUUCAAGGUGUGAAAACUGUGGAGUUAAAACAAGAUUCACAGCUUGGAAGUAGGAAAUCUCUUCAGUGGAUACCGGGACCAGAGUUCCAAGGUGUGAAAUCUCUAGGGUUAAAUCUUGGGUCACGGUCUCGAGGCUUCAAACCUGCAGAGUUGAAACCUUCAAUGCAGUUUGGAGGUGUGAAGUCAUUUGAAUUCACUCUAGGGCCAAAACUUCAAGGUGCAAAAUCUAUAGAAUUUAACCUUGGACCACAGUUGCAGUGUAUGAAAAUGCCUGAGUUGUCCCCAGGAGCACAGCUGCAAAGAGGGAAAAUUUUGGCAUCAAGUUCAGAGUCACAGCUUCAAGGCAUGAAAACUGUGGAGUUAAACCAAGAGCCACAGCUUGGAAGUAUGAAAUCUGUUCAGUGGAUGCCAAGAUCAGAGUGCCAAGGUAUAAAAUCUGUGCUUAAUCUUGGUUCACAAUCUCAAGGUGUCACAACUGUAGAAUCGAAAUCCUCUAUAAUACAAUUAAGAGAUGUGAAGACAUCUGAGUUGACUCCAAGGCCAAGGCUCCAAGGUAUACAACCUUCGGCAUCACUCCGGGAGCAUCAGCUUCAAGGGUUCAAACCUAUUGAUUUGAAACCUGGGCUACAGUUGAGAAGUAUGAAAUCAUGUGACCCAAUUUCAAGGACAAAGCUCUGUGAUAUAAAAUCUAUGGCAUUCAAAUCUGGGCUUCAUUUACAAGGUGUAAAAUCUUCUGAGUUGACCCCAGGACCACAGUUGCAAAAAGUGAAAACCUUAGAGUUAUCCCCAGGAACACAGCUUCAAGAUGUGAAAUCUCUAGUGUUUACACAAGAGCCACAGAUUUCAGAGGUGAAAUCUAGGGUAUUAAGCCAAGGGCAACAAUUACAAAGUGAUAAAACUGUAGAGGUGAACUUCCUACUGCACUUGAAAAGUAUGAAACCAUCUGCAUUGGCUACUCAGACAGAGCUUGAAGAUAUGAAAUCUGAGUUCAACUCUGGGCCACACAGGCAAAGUGUCAGAUCUUCUAAGUUGAUACCUAAGACAGAGUCCCAAGAUAUGAAAUUUAUUGAGUUAAACCCCAGCUCACAAUUAAAAGAGAUACCAUUUUCUGACUUGACCAAGAGGACCAAGAUUCGAGAUGUGAAAUCUAUAGGUUUCAAAUCUGGGUCACAGUUGCAAGGUGUGAAAUCUUCUGAGUCCAUACUGAGGACAAAGCUUCAAGAAGUGAAAUUGGUGGAAUUCAAUUCAAGCUCACAGUUGCAAGAUGUGAACUCUUCUAAGUUGGUUAUGGGUAUGAAGCUUCCAGAUGUAAAAUCUAUGGAUUUCAGUUCUGGGCCAUACUUGCAGGGUAUGAAAUCUUCUGAAGUAAUACCAGGGGAAAAAUUUGAAGGUGUGAAAUCUGUAGAAUUUAAACCUAGUCCAAAGUUACAAGGUGAAAAGUGUGAUUUGACUCUUAGGAGGAAGUUUCCAGGUGUGAAAUCUGUAGAGCUGGACUCAGGCCCACAGUUACAAGAUAUAAAACCUUCUGAUUUGCUCAUGAGUAUAAAACUUCAAGAUGUAAAAUCCAAGAAGUUCAGUUAUGGACCAUACUUUCAAGGUAUAAAAUCAUCUGAGGUGAUCUCACGCACAAAGCUUCAAGGUGUGAAAUUAAUGGGCUUCAAUUCUGGAUCAGAGAUACAAAGUGAAAAAUCUUCUGAGUUGAUUCAAGGAACAAAACUUCAAGAAGUAAAAUCUGUAGAGUUCAACCAUGGUCCAAAGUUACAAUGUGUAACAUCUUCUAAGUUAAGACAAGAGACAAAGCUUCAAGGUGGGAAAUCUGUAGAGUUCAACUCAGGCCCACAGUUGCAAGAUAUGACAUAUUCUAACUUGAUCUUGGGAACACAGCUUCAAGAUGUAAAAGCUAUGGAGUUCAAGUCUGGAUCACACUUACAGGAUAUGAAAUCUGAAGUGAUCCCAAGGACAAAGCUUCAAAAAAUGAAAUCUCUGGAGUUCAUGCCUGUGCCAGUAUGGCAAGAUGUGAAAUCUUUCAAAUCGACUCUAGGAACAAAGGUACAGGAUAGGACAUCUUUGGGGUUCAACUCACCUCCACAGUUACAAGAUAAGAAAUUAUCUAUGUUGACACCAGCAAUAAGCCUUCAAGGUGUGAAAUCUAUGGGAUUCAAGCCUGGGGCAAAGUUGCAAGGUGUGAAAUCUGAGUUGAUAAAGCUUCAAACAAUGAACUCUACAGACUUUACAGACAUCAACCCUGACUUAGAAUUGCAGGUUGCAAAACUCUCUAAGUUGGCCUUGGAAUCAAAGAUUCACGAUGUGGUACCUUCUGAGUUCAGUGGUGGAAAGCAGCAGCAAGAUGAGAAAUAUCAUAAAUUGAACCCACGGCCAGAGCAUCAAAGUGUAAAAUUUUUGGUGUUUAGUCCUGGGCCACAUUUGCAACAUAGAAAAUCUUCAAAGUUAUGCACAGGGACAAAGCCGCAAGAUGUGAAAUCUAUGGAAUUCAAUUCUGAGCAACAGUUGCACGAUGUGAAAUCUGAGUUAUGCCUGGGAACAAGGCUUCAAGAUACCCAAUCUUUACAGUUCUAUGCUGGGCCACAGUUGCAAAGAAUAAAAUCUGAGUUGUGCACAAAGACAAAGCUUCCAGAUGAGCAAUCACUAGAAUUCAAACAUGAGCCUAAAUUGCACAGUGGGAAGUCCUCUGAAUUGAAUCCAGGGCCACAGAUUCCGUGUAAAAGUAUUAUGGCAUUAAACACGGGACCACAGUUACAAGGUAUAAAAUCUUCUGAGUUGAAUCCUGGGCCAGAGCUUCAAGAUAUAAAUUCUAAAGUGUUCUGCCUUGGACCACAUUUGCAAGGUAUGAAUUCUUCUGCACCCAUUGCUGGGCCACAGCUUCAGUGUGUAAAUUCUCUCAGGUGCAACUCUGGGCCACAUUCACAAGGUGUGAAUUGUUCUGCAUCCAUUCCAGGGCCACGAGGUCAGUGUGUAAAUUCUCUUGGGUGCAACCCUGGGCCACAUUCACAAGGUGUGAAUUGUUCUGCAUCCAUUCCAGAGCUACAGCUUCAGUGUGUAAAUUCUACUGGGUGCAACCCUGGGCUGCAUUUGCAAGGUGUGACUUCUGCAUCUGUUCCAGGGCCACAACUUCAGUGUGUAAAUUCUCUUGGGUGCAACCCUAGGCCACAGUCACAAAGUGUGAAUUCUUCUGCAUCCAUUCCAGGGCCACAAGUUCAAUGUGUAAAUUCUACUGGGUGCAAGCCUGGGCCACAUUUGCAAGGUAUGAAUUCUGCAUCCAUUCCAGGGCCACAACUUCAGUGUGCAAAUUCUACUGGGUGCAACCCUGGGCUGCAUUCACAAGGUGUAAAUUGUUCUGCACCCAUUCCAGGGCCACAAUUUCAGUGCGUAAAUUCUCUUGGGUGCAACCCUGGGCCACAUUUGCAAGGUAUAAAUUCUUCUGCACCCAUUCCAGGGCCACAACUUCAGUGUGUAAAUUCUCUUGGAUGCAAUCCUGGGCCACAUUUGCAAGGUGUAAAAUCUUUUGAAUUGAUUUCAGGGACAAAAUUUCAAGGUAUGAGAUCUUCUGAGUUGCAUCCAAGGCCAGAACUUCAGGGUAUCAAAUCUGUGCAACAUUUCCAAGACAUAAAAUGUAAAUUGGUUCCAGGAACAAACUUUCCAGGCAAAAUGCCAAUGGAUUUAAACUCUGGCCCACAGAUGCAAAGUAUGAAUUCUUCUGAGUUGAAUUCAGAGUCAAAACAUGAAUGCAGAAAUUCUAUAAAGUUUAAUUCAGGGCCACUGAUACUGGACAUGAAACCAUCUGAAUUGAACCCUGGGUCAGAAUCUCAAGUUACAAAAUCUAUUCUGUUCAACCCUGGACCACACUUGCAAGGUAUGAAAUCUUCUGAGUUAACUCCAGGGACACAGUUUCAAGGAGUCCAAUUUUUGGGGAACCACCUUGGGUCACAGCAGCAAGUUAUACAACCUGUGUUUGCUUUGGGUCCUCAGUUAAAUGCUGUAAAAUCUGUGGUAUUUUUACCAGAGCCACCAUUUAAAGAUGAAAAGUCUGGGGAGGUGAACAAACCACCAUUGCUUUGUGGUGCAAAUUCUGUGAAAUUGAUUUCAGGCUCUGAGCAAUGGGACUUAAAAUGUGAGGCAUUUACAUUGGAACCAUGUUCUCAAGAUAUGAAAUCUGUGAAGUCAAACCCAUGGCCACAACCUCAAAGCAUGAAUUCUUUAGGGUUGACAUCAUGUCUUGGGUCACAAUGUGUUGAAUCUGUGGUCUUUCCACCCAAAUCAUAUUUUCAAGAUAUAAAACCAGUGGCACUAACAGGAGAGUCCCAACAGCAAGGCAUGAAUUGCCAAGAAUUGACUUUAGGACGGGAAGGUGUGAAAUCAACAGUGUUGGCAUCAGAGCCAACUAGGAAGUUCCUACCAGGACCAAUGUUGACUAGUGUCAAGUUUUCAAAUUUGUCUCCAGAAUCACAGCAACAAGGUGUGAAAUCUUUGGGGUUUACUUCAGAGCCAAAGUUGCAAAGUAUAAAACAUGUGAAAUUGUCUUCUGUAUCUCUGCAGCAAACUAUAAAAUCUGUAGAGUUAGCACCAGGGUCAUUGUUUCAAAGAGUGAAAUGUGGGCAGCAAAAUCCAAGAACAAGUUAUCAAAUCAUGGAAUCCUCUGAAAUAAUCCCUAGAUCAGGGCAUCCAUUUGUAAAAUAUGCUGAGAUGAUCCCAAAGCCAAGACAUCAAAUCCCUGAAUCUGUGAAUUUGAUUUCAGUACCAAUUUACCAAGCCACAGAAUCUAUAGAAAUGGCACAAGGGUUGGCACAUAAAGGCCCAGAAACUGUAGAGAAAUCUUUGGGGUUGACCCCAAAACCACUGGUGACAACUCCUGGCCGUAUUUGUAAAGUUAUGGAAUCUUUAGGGUUGCCUCUGAAGCUAGAUCUUCAAGUCCCAAAAUUUGUUGAUCUGAUUCCAGUACUAAAGGAUCAAGUCUCCAAAUCCUUAGAAUUAACUCCAGAGAAAAGCUACCGAACCCCAGAAACCCUGGAAUUGCUCUCUCAGUCAUGGCCACAAGUUAAGGAUUUGGGGCAGUUAUAUACAAGGCCACUGCAAAAAAUUGUGGAAUCUGAAGGGAUUACCCUGGAGCUCAAGCAUCACAUUACAGAAGCUCUGGAGCUGACCUCUGAGGCAAGGCUACAAGAGAAGGAAUUCCUUGGAAUGACCCCAACAGCAAUAAGUCAAGCUACUGGAUUUGCAGAGAGAUCUCCAAGGCUCUAUCCCCAAGAUUUAGAAUCUAUGGAAGUGAUCUCUGAGAAAAGACUGCAAAGGGAAGAAUCUGUAGUAUUGAUUCCACAGUCAUUAUAUCAUAUCCCAGAUUCUACUUCAGGGAUGACACCAGGGCUAGGGCAUCAAGUUCCUAAAUCUGUGGAGCUGACUUCUAAGAUGGAGCUACAAAUGGAGGAACCUAUGGAAUUGACCCCAAAACCACAAUAUCAUGUGAGAUCUUCAGGGAUAACACUAGGGUUAAGACACCAAGUCCCAGAAUCUGUAAAUUCAGUCUCUGAGCAAAUGGAGGACGCUUUAGAAUUAUCCCCAAAGCAAACAAGUCCAGUUGUAGGACAUGCAGAAUCAGUAGAGCCCACCUCUAAGAUAUGGCAGCAAAAGGAGGUAUCAAUGGGGCUAACACAGUCAGAGAAUCAAAGUAUGAAAUACUCAGAGAUGGCACCAGGACCACUGGGUCAAAUUAUAGAAUUUAGGAGGGUUAGUCCAAAGCCACUAAAUCAAGUCACAGAAUCUGCAAGGACACAGCUUCAAGUUUCUCAUUCAGUAAGGGUAACCCCAGUAAAUGCCCCAAAAGUUGUUGAAUCUGUGAAAAUGACCUCUGGGUCACCACUUCAAGUUGUGAAGUCUGUGACAACACCAGGACCAACUCCUCAAAUGUUAGAAUAUGUUGAAUUGACUCCACAACUGCAAGAUGUGAGAUCUUCGGAGUUUACCUCAAGGCUAUGGUCGCAAAAUAUAAGAUCUAAGAAAUUAAUCACAGAGCCAACACAUCAGAUUUUGGAGAAAAUGGAGUUGAAAGGGUUUCAAAUUGUAAAGACUAUGUUAAUCCCAGAGCCAUCCUUUCAAAUCGUAAAAUCUGAGGAGUUAGCACCAGGACCAAUUCCUCAGGUUGUAGAACCACUAGGAGUAGCCUUAGGAUCCGCAAUUGAAGUAAUGGAUUGUUUGGAUUUACUCCCAAGGCCACAUCUUCAAGAACUGGUGGAACCUGUAGAAUUAACUCCAAGACCAAAUAUUCAAGUUAAAUCUGAAGAAUUAACCUCACAACAAACAUUUUCAUUUGAGGAACCUACAGUAUUGACUCAUACACAAGGGCUUCAGGCUGUGAAAUCUAUAGCGAUAAAAACAGAGCUUCCCAAAGUCAUGAAAUCUGAGGAUUUGAAUCUAGGACAAGUGUGUCAAAAUAGGGAAUCUGAGGAGUUAACAUCAGAAGAGUUACAAGUAGGGACUAACUUCUCUAGGUUCCUACACAGAUCUUCAACCCCAUUCAUUUCAAGCUCUGUCAAAACAACAUCUGAAUCAGAGGGACUUUGGGAUUUUUGCAUGCCAGGAGUAUCAAGAGUUUUGGAUAGGAAAAACCUUGGGACAGAUAUUUUGCAGCCCAAAGACCCUAUUAUGAUACAGUCUUCAACUCUUCCCUUGGGCCUUCAUAGUCAACCCUCUGAUAAGAUAACAAAUACUGUGGAAACCCCACAUCCUGAGAUCCCAGGAGUGGAUGCCAUAUCUAAGGAGAAGACUAAGAGGAAGCAGAUGGAGGAGCUAGAGAACUCACUCCAGAGUCAUCCACCACAAAGCUGGUCACCACCCAGGACAUUCCAGGCAGACUCAGGGGCUGGAAGAGGCCUUAUCAGGUCUUUCCUGGGUAGAAAACAGAAUGUCUGUGGGAGUCGUGCCUGGAGGCAGCGAUUACCUAGAAAAUAUCUCUCCUCUAUGCUAAUGCUGGGGAAUGUCUUGGGGUCCACUAUGGAAAGGAAGCUUUGUUCUCAAACUUCUUUAUCAGAAAGAACUACUGCAGAUACCUGUCAAUCUAUUCAGCAUUUAUUUGGGGUUCCAGCUGAACUGAUGGAAUUUUCCCAGAGCCUGCUACAGAAAGGCCCAUAUACUAUUUCUCAGUCUUCAGUGAUCAAAAGCUACAUUCAAAGACAUACUUUGUGUCAUAGUCAUGAGAAAAGAAUGGCCUUAAGGAUGUGGACACGAGGCUCCACAUCUUCUAUAAUACAGCAAUACACUGGAACUAAAGUGGGAAUAAGGAAAACAAACCCAAUGCUCAGUGAUAUAUCUCAGAAAGUCAUUCAGCACAUGCCUAUGUCAUGUGCAGGGGGCCAGCUUCCUGCCUCAAUAAAGUCAGAGUCUUCCCUCAGGAUACUUUACAGUAGGGAAGAUCCUGUUCUAAUGGAAGAGCCUGAGAACUCACAGAGUGAUUCACAGACAAGGAUUUUUGAGUCCCAAUACUCCCUCAAGCCAAGCUGUCUUUCCCAGGCCAAGACUGACUUCUCAGAACAGUUUCAGUUGCUACAAGAUCUGCAGCUAAAAAUAGCAGCAAAACUCUUAAGGAGUCAAAUGCCCCUCAAUGUGCCUCCACCUCUAGCUUCAGGUCUGGUCCUAAAAUACCCUAUCUGCCUACAGUGUGGCCGAUGUUCAGGAUUUAAUUGCUGUCACAAAUUACAGGCCACCUUUGGGCCUUAUCUUCUUAUCUAUCCACAGCUCCACCUUGUAAGCACUCCUGAAGGACAUGGAGAGAUUCGGUUGCAUCUUGGCUUUAGGUUACGAACUGGGAAAAGACCCCAGAUCACAAAGUAUCGUGGAAGAGACAGACCCAUCAUACCAAGGAGCCCUGUAUCACCAUCACAAAGGAAAGCUAAAACCUAUACUCAAGCUUUCAAGAGUCCUACUCCCACAAAAGAUUUUCAGUCUGGGUCUCCCCAGUUUCCUGCUCCUGUCCAAGUCCAUAUCAGGCGGAGGCAAUAUGCCAGCCCUGACUUAGUAGAAAAGACAGAAAUUGGAGACCCCGGGCACCAUGAAUUCAUUCAAAUUCACGCUCCACCUGAGAGUGACUCUGAAAGCAAUCAGGAUGAAAAAUGGGCUAAAGUGAGAACCAAAAAGACCUCUGAUUCAAAAUAUCCAAUGAAGAGAAUCACCAAGGGACUUAGUAAACAAAACACAAAAUUCUACAUAAACAGUAGAACCACAAUAGAGAGUUCCUGUCGGGAAUUACCAUCUCAUUUAAGAAGGAAGAGAGUUGGAGCAUCUCAGACAAGUACUGUCUCUUUAAAAAGACAACCUAAGAAAUCCUCCCAACCCAAGUUCAUGCAACUGCUUUUUCAGGGCCUAAAGCAGGCAUUCCAAACAGCACACAGAGUUAUAGCUUUUGCUGGGCAGAAGCCCGAGGACAGGGCAAGGCUGGACAAUUUGUCAAGCAAAGACUACCAUCCGAAACAAAAAGCCAUGGACUAUUGCUCCUCAGGAGAUAUCAAAAGAGACAGGUUGUCAAUUGCCAAGCUAAGGACAACAGGCUCAACCACUAAGCAUGAGGACAUAUUGUGGGGAGGAACAGACCAAUGUAGAUCAGCUCAACAGCCAAAAAGAGAGAGCUCUUUCCAACCCAGAUCUCUCCAACGGCGCAAGCCCACAGGUUCCCAAACUAGCUCAGGUGGGCAGUCUUUGGGUACAGUUCAAAAGGAUAGCAGCCACAGAGCAAAGGAAAUCUUUUACAGAAAUGAAGUCUCCAUCAAAAAGUCUAAGAGCUUGUCCAAACCAGGAGCCAUAGUUCAGCCCCAAGGGAAAAUCCUACCCAGUUCCCUUAUGAAGAGAACCAGGCACAGUCACAGUAAAGAGAAACUUACACACAAGGAGCGAAACCACUAUAGCUCGUAUUGGGAAAGAAACCCAGGUAAUCCCUCUGAGAGGAAUCCUUGCAGUCCCUCUAGGAGAAACCCUCUCAGCCCCUCUGAGAGAACCAUUCACACUCUCUUUGAGAGGAGUCCUCGAAGUCCCUCUGGGAGACACCACCGCAGCCCCUCUCAGAGAACCAUUCACAGUCUCUUUGAGAGGAGUCUUCGCAGUCCCUCUGGGAGAAACCAUCGCAGCCCCUCUCAGAGAACCAUUCACAGUCUCUUUGAGAGGAACCCUCGCAGCCCCUCUGAGAGAACCCUUUGCAAUCUCUCUGAGAGGAGCCCUCGCAGUCCCUCUGUGAGAUCCCUUCACAAUCUCUCUGAGAGGGGCCCUCGCAGUCCUUCUGUGAGAACCCUUUGCAAUCUCUCUGAGAGGGGCCCUCGCAGUCCUUCUGUGAGAACCCUUCGCAAUCUCUCUGAGAAGAGCCCUCGCAGUCCCUCUGUGAGAACCCUUCGCAAUCUCUCUGAGAGGAGCCCUCGCAGUCCCUCUGUGAGAACCCUUCGCAAUCUCUCUGAGAGGAGCCCUCGCAGUCCCUCUGUGAGAACCCUUCGCAAUCUCUCUGAGAGGAGCCCUCGCAGUCCCUCUGUGAGAACCCUUCCCAGUCUCUCUGAGAGGAGCCCUCGCAGUCCCUCUGUGAGAACCCUUCCCAGUCUCUCUGAGAGGAGUCCUCGUAGUCCCUCUGGGAGGAGACAUGACAGACCCUUGGAGAGGAGCUGCCACAGUCGCUCUGAGGGGAGUCAUCACAGUCCCUCUGAAAGGAGACGUCACAGAUCCUCUGAGAGAAGUCACAGACCCUUGGAAGGGAGCCGACGCAGUCACUCUGAGAGGGGCCAUCUCAUUCAAUCUGAGAGAAGCCCACGCAGUCAUUCUGAGAGGAGCCCACCCAGUCCCUCAGAGAAGAGCCAUCGCAGUCCCUCUGAGAAGAGCCAUCGCAGUCCCUCUAGGAGGAGCCAUUGCAGUCCCUCUGAAAGGAGCCCACGCAGUCAUUCUGAGAGGGGCCAUCGCAGUCCCUCUGAGAGGAGCCGACGCAGUCAUUCUGAGAGGAGCCAUCGCAGUCCCUCUGAGAGGAGCCAUCGCAGUCCCUCUGAAAGGAGCCCACGCAGUCAUUCUGAGAGGGGCCAUCGCAGUCCCUCUGAGAGGAGCCGACGCAGUCAUUCUGAGAGGAGCCAUCGCAGUCCCUCUGAUAGGAGCCGACGCAGUCACUCUGAGAGAACCCAUGACAGUCCCACUAACAGAACCUCUCAAAGUCCCUCUGAAAGGAGUCGACACAGUCCCCCUAAGGAGAGACUCAAGCACAGUUCCCCUCGGGAAAGGCCCAGGCAUACUUUAUCUCAAGAUUUCAAGAGUUACUACCAAACAUGUCUCCUGCGGAUCACACAAGACAAUCCAAAAGCAGGGCAAGUUUGGAGGCCUGAAGCUAGCAGAUGAGGCGAGAUGGGCCCCUGUUAUCGUCUCCCUCAAGUCUUCACCUAGCUGCCCUUUCUUGGAUACUCCCUGAGCAGCCACUGCCUCCAAUUACUGCGCCCUCAGCAAUGAAAGGCUUCUACAUCUCUCUACCUGGGGUGGGGGGUGGGGGGCAAGAAUGGGUCUGUAAUUUCUCUAAGAUCAAUAAAGGGGCAAUAACUGAU